UUAUCCCUAUCUCAUUAUUGAUGAUGUACUCAAGUCGAAAGCUCUUUCCCAUUGGCCCAUGGAUAACAAGAAUGAUUUGAAAUGCUUAAAGACUGGUUUAUGGACCUAUGCCAACGACUCGGCAAAYGUGAAUGGAGUCAAAGGCGGCGCAUUGAGAUUCGCCGGCAAUGGAAGUAUGGUGAAGUUACCUACUAGACUGAACACUUUUUCUUGCUURUUUAAUCCAAAUUAUUGCGAUCCUAAUGGGAUAACAGUCUCAAUGUGGAUUAAAAUUCACCAAAGCGUACMCAACGAUAGCCAGGUUUUUUGGACUUCUCAGGAAACACCCAAGAGUACAGGGUAUUCCAUAUUUCAACCACAGUCGACUUCGAACAUUUCUGUGAGCGUUACAGAUUUUGACUCCGAGGCCAUCGACAGUGUGGCCGCUCCUUUGAAUAUUUGGUUCUUUUUYUUGUUURAYUACGACAGGUGUUCAGACUCAGCGUGCAACUUCCCAAAGAUUUAUAUUAAUGGCAAAUUGCAAUCUAAUGGCCAAAGGAAUUACGUAGAUAAGAAGUAUUUCCCAGGUGGUAAAAUCAAUUACACAAGUAUUGGACAARUCGGGGCUGGGCUGCCAAACGCUUCUAUCGAUGAAAUUGUCAUCUAUACAGGGAAGACCUCAUUUUCUAAUUUUUACAAUUAUUACAAAGGAGGACCGAAUCUACACCUUGAUGCAACUUUACUAACGCAGGAGAGCUGGGAUUCAGAAUUGCUAAACCGAAACAGCCAAACGUACUCAGAUACGUUUUCGAAUAUAACACAAGCUAUAACAUCUGCAGACGUAAGCAACAACGUGAAGAAUUAUAGCAAAAUUCGCUUCUGGGACCAAAAUGGAUUCGUGGCAUUCAAUAUUUUAAUAGGUUUCAAUGGAAAAGACUAUAGUUCAAUGAAUGACGUUGUUGUGUAUUUGGAGCAAAAUUAUACUAUACUAAACUACAGUUCAAAUGACGUUUUCAUCAGACGUUUGGCUGUUUCUUCAUAUGAUGUGAAUGGCACGCUUAUCUCUUUGUCUAUUAAAUGGUCCACCGAGAAAACCUUAUACCAUGGUAUCUUUAUGAAGUACACAAUCACCUAUCAGAAAGCUGAUGUGAUGUCGUCCGCUUUAAAGUAUAAAUAUCUAUACCGCGACGAAUUGGGCGAUACCUUGAAUUAUGUUCUCAAUGUGAGUGACUACUACACGAAUUACUCGAUUUGGGUCCGAGCCGACACACAUGAAGGAGAAGGACGAGAAUCSGAGAAGAUUGUAGUACGAACAAACGCUUCAGCUCCUCUCGUGGCUCCUCAAAAGGUCAAAGGAUUCAACAAGUCAUCACAGUCCAUCAAAGUAACGUGGAUCUCCGUACCAUCUAAGUAUCGUAGAGGACCGGUUACUAGUUACCUGAUCAAAUACCGCUUGAGUGAUUCAUCAGAACCAGAGGCUAACAAGUCAGAGUCUACAACCUCAACUUUGCUUGAAGGGCUGCAGAAGUACUCAAAUUAUACAAUACAAGUUUGUGGUGUCUCUAUCGAGAAUCAUCUUGGACCUUGCGAACUUAUCCAUGUAUGGACUGACGAGGAUGUUCCUGGAAUGACGCCGCAAAACGUGUCAGYCAAGGCUGUCAAUGCCACCAGUGCCAACAUCACAUGGGAUGAGAUACCAGAAGGGUAUCGAUUUGGUGUUAUCGUCCAUUGCUCGCUAAUGUGGAMAAAAUCUAGCGAUGUUUCAAGUAAAAGUCAAGUGUUUAUUGAAUCCUUAAAGAAGCCUGCCGUUGGAUUUCUUUCCACAAUUAUCAAGAUUCCGCCCWAUCCGAUGAUGUACKURCUAUCRGGUUUAGAAUCGUAUACAUCUUACCAAGUGCAACUAGCAUGUUCAACAAGAAUUGGAAGUGGGAAUUACAGUUCUCCUGUCACGUUUUACACUGGGGAAGGUGUUCCUGACAAGGCUCCAAACAUUAGCGAGUCCUACAACACGAGCUCAACCAGCAUAUACAUAGCAUGGACCCCAAUACCUCAAGARAACGUCCGAGGGAUUCUCAAGGGUUACAUGGUCAUAUUCAAUGAYACCAGUGGUGUCGAAAACGUGGUUUUUGUCUGUAAUAAUAGCUUUAAUGUUACCAAGAAURAUUUGAAGAAAUACGAGAGAUAUGAAGUUAGUCUGAGCGGGUUUACAAGGGAAGGGCUUGGAGUGCUCAGUCAACCAUAUGUCAUCACUACGGAUGAAGAUGCACCUGAAUCUGGYGUMGAAAAUUUGACAACUGCUGUUGUACAAGCUAACUCGUUAGUCCUGUCUCUGUCUCCUCCAUCCCCUGAGAAUGCUAAUGGYGWUAUYWCUGGUUAUUUAAUCACRAAGUACGACAAACUAAGAAAUAUAACGACGAACAUAACAGUGAACGCAACUCAGAAACAGCUUAUUCUAGACUCCAUGAAGCCCUUUACUGAUUAUAAYAUUACUGUUACGCCAUUUAACAAGAAAGGUAUUGGAAAACCUACCACCAUUAAUGUGAAAACUCAAGARGCUGCACCAAGUGCUCCUCCAUCCAAUGUACUUGCAACAACGACCUCUGGUGCAUCAAUUUCAGUAUCUUGGGAUGCUGUCGAUAGUUUGCAUGUUAAUGGMAAAGUCAGGUUUUAUGUGAUCGUCUACUACAAGCUAUCAGCACCAGAAAUUAAAUAUAAUGUAACCAUUAGAGUGAAAGACGAGUCGUCCAAAACUCGACGAAAAAGAAGAGCCAUUGAUUCGCAUGUUCUGACAGGACUUGCUCCCUAUACAGAAUAUGGCGUCCAAGUACUGGCAGUAACAGUUGCUGAUGGAGUGCCAAGUAUUCAGUUCAACGUAACAUCAGGACAAACUGCCCCUAGUUUUUACCCGUUGAAUCUUCACGCUCACAAUACAAGUUCGACAUCACUGUUGGUUCGCUGGGAUGAAGUUCCUGAUGAACACAAAAAUGGAAUCAUAACSAAAUAUGAAAUAAGCUACACRAACGAAUACGACAAAGCAUCACAAAUMGAGGCCGUGAACAAUGGAAGUUUGAUGASUACAACCUUGAGUGGUCUAAAGAAGUACGAACGAUAYCAUGUUAAAGUACGUGCAUUCACUGUUAUUGGUCCAGGAAACUGGUCUUUACCUGUCACUGCCAGGACAGGAGAAGAUGUUCCAGAUGGUUACCCAGUGAAUAUCACCGCUACUGCCACCUUAACAACAUUUACUGUCAAAUGGGACGUGAUGGCAAAAAGACAGGAGAAUGGCAUCAUACAGGGCUAUCACGCAGCAGCCUUUAUGAUGAAUGGUACMCAACGAUCGAUGACAACCGUUUACGGUCAAACAACCGCUGUCAUCAGAGGACUUGACAUAUGGGUGAACUAUACUGURCAAGUACGUGGAUUUACUAGUGUUGGAAACGGAGGAUGGAGCCCCUCGCAGCUUUACACCACCGAUGAACAAGCUCCUCAAGAUUUCCCAACUGAAGUCAAAGCACAAUUCAYCAGCUCYACKUCCAUCCGAGUUCAAUGGAACCCGAUCAAUGCUUCCAUCACGAGGGGUAUUCCACGUGGUUACAAUAUUUAUUAYCGUGCUUUAAAAACUCCAUUCUCUAGACGUUUACAUGUAAUCAACGCCAGCGUAGACGCCGUAAGCGCRGAMUUGUCUAAUUUAUACAAGUACGUCGAGUAUGCGAUAUACAUUAAAGCCAAGACUAACAAGGAAGGAAAUCAAAGUCAAACAGUCAAAACAUAUACUGACGAGGACAAACCAGAUAAGCCUCCUUCAGCUUUGUAUCACCGCCUUCCAAGUCCAGACAGUAUCUGGAUUGAAUGGCGAGAAGUCCCAUAUGGAUAUACUAAUGGCAUCAUACUUGGAUACAAGCUGACAAUUCAAAAUACUAAGAAACCUGGUAGCUUGACUACAAAAACCUACAGAGCUGGGACCUUUUCGACAACUUUUUUUGGGCUGCCAAGUUAUGUGACCUUUGAAAUCAMRCUUAGUGCGUUCACAGUCAAAGGAGAUGGACCSCCCCUGAUACGAGCCAUCAGAACAGAUGAGAAUGUACCUGACCAGUAUCCACAGAAUUUAAAGGCCGAAAGCUUCACCUCAAGCAACUCACUUCCUGUUUCGUGGGACCCUAUCGAAGUCCGUAUUAAUGAGGAGCAGUUUCCCAAGUCUUACAUUAAAGGUGUUAUGGAAGGGUUCUGGUUCACGUUUGUUUCCAUGACAACCGUAGGGUAUGGCGAUCGGUGUCCUUCGUCCAUCUGUGGUCGUAUCCUGGCCAUUUUCUGGACACUUUUUGGUGUUGUACUGACUGGUAUGAUAAUAGGAAACAUUAUUGUUGCCAUUACAACUGUUGCUGUAACACAGGCCAGUACAUUGUAUGGCAUGAAGGUUGGUGCCAUGAGGAACUCCUUUGAAUACCGGUUUGGAAUUCGAAGAAAUGCAAAAAUGAACAAAGUUCGCGAGUACCAGUCAUACGAUCAAAUUUACGAAGACUUGGAGAAAGGUCUAAUAGAGGGCGCCUUAUUAGAUUCCUUUGCUCUUGGUAGCAGAAAGGAUCUGUUCAACAAACCGUUCAUACGUCUUAAGACUGUCUACGAUAUUAGUUUUGCUAACGGCGUAGUGUCCACCGGAAACUCUUCUCUAAUGAACACAUGCUUUCGUCGAUAUACUAGAAGCAUGGCUAAAAUGAUAUCAGAUACCGUUAAAAGCAAGGCUCAUGCCAUAGAGGUGAAUGUUGUACCACUCGCAAGCGAAAUGUCAUCUGGUAUCUUCGAURCGAGUAGUUCUGCAUAUAAAAACUUGGUGAUGAUUUCUGGUGGAGCGCUGGCUUUCUUAGUUGUACUUGGACUAAUAUGGCAUGUUAUAUACUCUGUGAAAAAAACAGACCGCAGCCCAGAUYUCCCAAGACAAGAACUGGUUGAACGUCUAAAGAAAAUGAACGCUUUAUUUUACAAGCGUUUCUCAUUGGUCAUACAACAGCUAAAGGAGAAGCACCAACAAGAAAGACAGCAACUUCAACAAUUUGAAAGAACACGGUUAAARGARGAAGAGAGAAUGGGACAGGAAAAAGAUAAGGAGGAACUGAAAAGCAAGGCGAAAAAAUUGACAAAAUACGGCUUUCUUAGAAAUGAGAAGCCAAUUUACGAGAAAAGAUAUUUUUUUCCACUGGAGGAAGCUAAGAUGCCUGUAAGCGGGCUCUCCCUUUUUGAUAAAAAGCCUGUUUUWACUWUUGAUCAAUUUKCUGAAUACACUUAACUGGAGGUGACAUCAGUUAUUCAACCUAGAACCUAAAGGAGAUUUUUGUUACUCCGGAACUUUUAUCAUAUCAUAUUCGCCUAGAAAGUACAUUUACCUUAUUCUUUGAGGAGACCACGAUUUUCUAGUGCAGACAUUUAGCUUUGGGACUUGAAAUACUGUUAUGCAAAUGAAAUACAGUAAAAACCCGCGUACAAGAACACCUAUUGUGGUGGUUCAGGCUGAUUUGGUUCUUAUAUAAAGGGUUAUAAUCUGCAAAAUCAGCCUGUAAGUGUUCUUUAGUGUUCUUCAAAAAAGUUUCUAAGAAUAAGGAACAUACUAGGCUGCCAAAAGAUGAAAUCAAUAUAACAGUACAUAUUUUAUUAUUUUUAAUAUUUUGUUACAUAUAAUUGGGGUGGAACUAUUAUGUGUGCAAUGAAAAAGUAGUCUUGAUCUUUGAUAUUUUUCCAUAUAAGAAGAACUUUCAUUUUUCAGGCUGAAUGUGUUCUUAUAUAUAAUAUGGUACUUUAUUUCCUAAUAUCAGGCCUGGGUGUUUUUAAUCCACUUGUUCUUAUACGUGAGUUUCUACUGUAAUAUUUAGCAAUCAUUUUACUUAGUAAAGUCGGUCUUAGCUUCAAUUAAAUUAUUUGAUAUUUCGUUGACUAAGGACGGACAAAAGCCACAAGAACCUURUCUUCAGUUCUUUUAAUUAGAACAMUGGACAAAAUACUAACAAAGUCAAAAUGAACAGUCAAAAAUAGAGUGAAGUCAAAAACCCGUGAAAUAGAUAACUAACAUAAGUACGCUCUAUUAAAUGCUUUCUUUUGUGUCUAUUUGAUUAUGACACUUUGAAUAGUCACACUUUGUUUCACGGGUUUAGUGAUCYCGCUCUACCUUGACUUCAUACUGCUGCUAUUUUCAUAUAUUCAAUAUUUAUAUAUAUAUAUAUAUCUAUUUAUUCUUGUAUUUAUCUCCACAAAAUCACUUGUAUUGACAUGAAGGCAUAAACCCAGCUCUUGAUGAAGCUAUUUCAUAAAGUAUACACACUUCAAAAAACGUUGUCGUGGAGAACAGCGAACGGCGAUUUGUCGAAGGGAGAUUUCACGACCAAAACGGACUAUGGUUACACUGUUUUGACAAGCAAAAUUUCACUUAUUGGAUUAACCUUGGAUAGAAGUCGAGACUAUAAAUGGAGUCAAUGUUUAACACAGGCUAUCUAAAAGUGUAAAUCAGUUGUUAUUUCUCAUCAAUAAUCCAGUGUCGAAUUCUUUUUUU